UCUAAGAGCUUAAAAGAGUUAACAUAAUGGCAAGAAAGAGAAAGGUUUCUGAAGUAGUUGAAGAAGGAAGCAUGGUUUGGGAUGAAAUGAUGAAAGAAGCUGCAUCACUUGGUGGAGCAAGGCGAGUCCGAAAGAGAUUUGUCGGUGUUCGACAAAGGCCAUCGGGUAGAUGGGUUGCUGAAAUUAAAGAUACCAUUCAAAAGAUAAGAGUUUGGUUAGGAACUUUUGAUACAGCUGAAGAAGCUGCAAGAGCUUAUGAUGAAGCUGCUUGUUUGCUUCGCGGCGCAAAUACUCGAACAAAUUUUUGGCCUUGUUCUCAAUCUUCAACUAGUCCUGCUCUUUCUUCAAAGAUCACUAAUCUUCUACUUCAAAGACUUAAAGAAAGGAAUAUGAAUAUGAAUAACUCCUGUUCAUCCUUUUCUUCGUCGAAAUUUACUUCCUUGUUGGGGAGUUCAGGGGAGCGUCAGGAGCAACAACGAGUCAAUGCUCAGGAUCAUCAGGAGAUCCAACAAGUGGAGACUUAUGAAGCAGGAUCAAAAGAUUUUUCAAUUGAUCAAUUCACCGAUUUCCUUAAUGAUCAUGUAGAUUAUACAACAAUCAACAAUGAUAUCAUCAAUGACACUGCACAACUCGAUUACAUUUCGAGUAGUUUCGAGUCAUGUUUAACCGAAAACAAUGGUUGCAACAAGGAAGAUGAAAUGAAUGUGGAAUCUAAAUCAAACAAUGUGACACAAACUUCAAGUGGUGGUGAUAGUAAUUCAGAAGAUAGUGAAGAAGAAGUCAAUAAUGAUGUUCCUGAUUUUCGAUUCCUCGACGAUAUUGCUCCAACUAGUUACUAUUCACCUUUUGAAAUUGCUGAAGAAAUGGAAGAGCAAAUGGAGACAGAAAGUUUUUGUGAUGAACCUUCAAUGAUUAGAGCUGUUAUGAAAAGAAUGAAAUAUGAAAGAAAAUUUUCAGCUUCUCUUUAUGCAUUCAAUGGAAUACCUGAAUGCUUGAAGUUGAAACUUGAAUCUCAAGGAAACAAUAUUUCUGAUCAAUUGAACAAUCUCAAGGAAGCAUGUAGCAAGAAUAAAGUUGAGAAGAAGAAAGAUGAGAAAGAUGAAGAAAAUAAUCAAAGUUCAAUUGAGUUGGAGUCUUCAUCUUUGUCUAGGAAUGAUAGUGAUAUUUUCCUUUGGAAUUCACUUGAUCUUCCUCCAAUUUGUUUUGUUAACUUACUUGAAAGUGGUUCAUUUAAUUAGUAUAAUGUUUUAUGCUUAAUGUUUGUUAAAUUGCUAAGCAAUUAUCUAAUUUGUAACACUUGUUUUUGUAAUAUCUAAUUUCUAAUGAAAGUAUUUUAGUUCAUUCAUUUUGGAACUAUCAA